UCUAGGUGAGAUGGGCGGAGGUAUCCUCUUACAUAGGUGAGAGUUUUGAUCAGGAGCAGGGAAACUCUGAACGAAUCUGCACAAGACAAAGGCUGGAAAGGAGGAAUUUAUCAAAAGGCAGUGUCUUGCAGCGUGGUGAGUUUGAAACAGCAUUAGGGCAGAUCUGGUAGCAGUAAUUAAGUGAAAGACAAUACAAGGAAAAAGUUACAGUAAAAGAAGCAUAGUGUAGAAAACGAAGAUUGCAGGAAGGUGUCUUCUUCUGGCAUCGAAGUGGCUUCUGUGGUUUCUACUGCCCAGUCUACUGUGGUCUGUACGACCGGCAAAUUGCAGGAACGUAUCGACAGCAGUGAUAAAACCAUGAGGACUAAAGUUCCGGUUACUGAGGAGAACACCAGACCCUUAAACCCACCACCACAACAAGUGCCUCAGCCCGGAAAACACAGAAAACCCAUGACGGCUCCAAAGACUCAGAAAGAGAAAAGGCCAAACAGGAAAAAGAUCAUCAUUACUGUCCUGAUAGUGGUGGUCGUACUGGCCAUUUUGGCUGUGGCGGCGUUCUUCAUCAAGCAGUUGAUCGAGAGCAAGUAUUAUUUUUGCUCCAAGUCGGUGAAGUUCAUUCCGCUAGAGAAGGCCUGUGAUGGGAAGGAGGACUGCAGUGGAGCGGAGGACGAGUCAGCCUGCGUCACAAAGUUUGGAGCCAACUCCACCUUCCCCUUACGGCUGAUCUCAACCAAUAACGUGCUCCAGAUAUUCAGGCCUGAUGAGAAUAAAUGGAAAAGUGUAUGUGCAGACAGUUUCACCCAACAACAUGCUGAAACUGCGUGCCAGCAGCUGGGUCUCUCAGAUAAACCCACGUUCAGCACUGUUCAAGUGGGUGUUUUGCCAUCUGAUCUGAAGAUGUCUUUCUGUAUGGUGGGCUCAUCUAAACCCCAGACCUUCCAGCUGACCGUAUCCGAUCUUAAGUUAUGCAGUCAGGGAGCAGUCGUCACGCUAACAUGCUCAGCAGAGUGUGGGCGGUCCAGAAACCAGGACCGGAUUGUAGGCGGACAGGACGCUAUCAUUGAGAACUGGCCGUGGCAGGUCAGCCUGCAGAGUGUGGGCCAGCACACCUGUGGAGGGUCACUGGUGUCUCCAAACUGGGUCGUGACCGCGGCCCACUGCUUCAACGGGGACGGCAAGAAGGCUCUGAUAAGAUGGACGGUGGUGUCUGGAUACACAUAUUUGGGCACUUCUGGAGCUUCAUCUGUGGACAAGAUCAUCGUCCACAGAGAAUACAGUUCAGGACGCAACGACUACGACAUUGCCAUGAUUCGACUCCAGUCUCCCAUCACUGUGGGAGAAUCUCGUAGGCCAGUGUGUCUGCCACCUCAAGGUCUGGGUCUUAAACACGGAGACCCCUUAGUUGUGACCGGCUGGGGCCAUAUAUCAGAAAAAGGGAAUUUGUCUCCAAAGUUACAGAAGGCUCAGAUCUCUCUGAUAGACCGUGCAACGUGCUCAAGUCCCACAGUGUACGGCUCCUCUGUCACUCCCAGGAUGAUCUGUGCAGGUUUUCUGACAGGAAAAGUGGACGCGUGCCAGGGCGAUAGCGGCGGUCCUUUGGUGUAUACAUCUGACCGCUGGAUGUUGGUGGGUGUUGUGAGCUGGGGUGUGGGUUGUGCCAGAGAAAAUCGUCCUGGUGUUUACACAAACGUGGACCAGAUGCUCGACUGGGUGCAUUCGGUCAUGCAGGAGUACCAGUGAAUCUGGGAUGGAGAGAAAACCACAAACCCACAGCACAGAUUCACAAAGAUCUUCAGUUGUCAAAAAGAAGAUAUCGUAUUGAAGAUAUACUGAUUUACAUAGAUUUGUGGAAGAAUCGCUGUGGGAGUUUUACUCAGGGUCUUAAAUGUGAAAUAUAUCAUGUAUGAACAGAGUAUAAUGAGAACACCUAUGCCAUCUUUUGGUUGAUCUAUAGUACUACUUUUUUGGGACACAGCAAUGCAAUCUUAAAGGAACAGUUUUGUCAUUAUUUACUCGUCCUCAGUGCUCCAAAGCAGUACGACUUUCUUUACUGUGUUUAGAAGUAUGUUCAUUCUG